AUGCAGAAAAUUCAGUGGCAUUUUAGUCCCCCGGCAGCUCCUCACUUUGGAGGUAUUUGGGAAGCUGGCGUCAAGUCAGUUAAAUAUCAUUUAAAAAGGACAAUCGGUGAAGCCAAACUUACAUAUGAGGAAAUGAGUACUCUUUUAAUUCAAAUUGAAGCAGUAUUGAAUUCCAGACCUCUAGUAGCUCUAAACAAUGAUGAGCCAGGUCAAUUUGAUGCUUUAACUCCGGGACACUUUUUAAUAGGACGUCCCCUGAAUGCCUGUGCCGAACUAGUUGAAGAAGCAAAUAUUAAUUCGCUAAAUAGAUGGAAACUAAUUCAGAAACUAAGAAAAGACUUUUGGGUCAGAUGGAAACAGGAGUAUUUGACUACGCUACAGCAAAGGAACAAAUGGAAGUUUCCGUCAGAGAAUUUAAAAGAAGGUACAGUAGUACUAAUCAAGGAUGAAAAUACUCAUCCAGCAAGUUGGCCGCUAGCGAGAAUUACAGAAGUACAUAGCGGCAAAGAUGGCAAAGUAAGAGUUGCAACAUUGAAACUAGCAAAUAGCUCGCUGAAAAGACCUAUUAGCAAAUUGUGUCCAUUAGUAUCUACGGAUACAGAAGAACAGAAUUCAGCACCAGCAAUGAGCUGUGUAACAACGACUAAGCCAGAAAAGAAAAAACUAUGUUGGUUACAAUUUAUAUUGAUGAUGUUGAUGAUAAUGAACCCAGUCAAAGCACUACCAAUUAACAUGAACAACGUAGUCUCGAUAAGCAACCUUUCAGCAAAUACAGCACUGUAUCUGGAUAAGGUUGGACAACUAAACGCCAUAAAUUCGAAGUGGAAUCUAGUAGUUUACUAUGAUUUAUCCUUGUAUUACCAAGAACUGGAGAGGAUUGGUAAACUGAUGGGGAAAGUAAGAGAAGAAUGUCCGAAAUUAAAUUUAUUUAAGGACUCCUGUGAAAUGGUGAUGACGAGCCGUAGCAGUGAUAAGAACUUUAGUUCUAAGAUGCACAUUAAUUCUGUUGUUUAUGUGACGCAUAAACCAUAUGUUAGAGUUAAUAAUGAGGCAUAA